AUGAAGCUCAUCGGUAUCAUCAUUAGUAAAUGCUACCCCAAAGAGACUAGACCUAUUUUCCUCUGCACAACGCACGACGUCUCUUCGUUCUCGUUUACUUACCGAAAUGCCGUCAAGGAUGUCUCCAAGUUCUUGACUCGAGAAAUCAUUCCGCGGUUGAAGGUGGGUCAGCGAGAAGUGAUCGGGCACGAGGACUACAAGUUCUGCGCCAUGCGCUGGUCCGAUGGGUUGGCCGUAGCGAUGCUAACGGACAAGGACUACCCACCGCGCGUCGCCUUUCAAUGCCUUACUAAAGUGCACCAUGACUUCAAAUCAAAGGUGCCCGAACAGUUCUACAAGGCAGUCACGGACGACGGAGCGGCGGCCAGCUACAAAGAUGUGCUCCGGGAGUUCCUCAAAGAGUUCAAAGACCCUUCCAAGUUUGAUGCCGUCACCAGCACCCAACAAAAAGUAGACGAAAGCAAAAAAAUUGUACAGAGGAGAUUGGACGACGUGUUAGACAACAUGCAGAACCUGGACAAGCUAGUUGAGCAGAGCGAUGACCUGUCAACAAAUACUCAGGUCAUGUUUAAGACGGCGAAGAAAAUGAAAAAGGGCUGCUGUAAGGUGACCUAG